CUGUGUCCCUGGGACACAGCGGAUCACCGAUCAGAGUAAAGAGCCUGUGUCCAAUCACAGCUGAUUACUGAUCAUCAAGGCACUGAUGAUCAGUGGCCUGAUGAUCAGUGUAGCUCCAUCAGUGCCCAUCAAUGCCACCUGUAAGUGCCCAUCAGUGCACAUCAAUACCACAUAUCAGUGCCUACCAGUGCACAUCAAUGCCACAUAUCAGUGCCCAUCAGAGCUACUUUUCAGUGCCGCCUAUCAGUGCCACCUAUCAGUGCCAGUCAGUGCUGCCUAUCAGUGCCAGUCACUGCCACCUAUCAGUGUCCAUCAGUGCCGCCUAUCAGUGCCCGUCAGUGCCGCCUAA